AUGGAAGAGGAAAUGAGUGAAGUCGUACGAUAAUUUAAACCAAAGUUCAGAUCCAUUCACAAAACAUAAAUUGAAGAUGAUUUAAGUGAAAACACUGCAAGUUCAUUGCACUAAAUUGAACUAUUAAGAACUGUUAUAACUAAAAAUGUAUUUAACAUUGUAAGAAUACAAACCAUUGAUGAUAGAUGGAUUGGUAUUUAAUUGAGAGAUACCUACGUAACUUGUGGAUGGUUACUUUCUGAAGUGAUUAGGAAAUUAAGUUAAUUAAGAUUAAAUUAUGAUCCAGCAGACAUUGUUGGAUUUAAGACAAACAAUAUUCAUUUGGAUUAUCACUUGAGUUGUUUGCAUUACAAUUUGCCUAAUUUGAAUGGAGUUCUUCUUAUACCCUAAAUUCGUUAACAAUUAAAAGAGCCAAUUAAUCUUGAUUGGUUUGAAAUUAUCAAGAAAUUAGCAGCUGGGGGUUUCUCAGUAGUUUAUCUAGUAAAGAAUAAGGAGAAUGGAUAAUUUUAUGCUAUGAAGGUUAUUGACAAACGUUUAAUGAUUGAAAGAGACAAAGAAGAAAUGGUAUUCAACGAAAGAUAAAUCUUAACAAGAUUGAAUCAUAGAAGAAUAAUCAAUUUAUAUUGUGCAUUCUAGUCAAAAUCUAAAUUGUAUUUUGUAUUUGAUUAUUGUCCAGGUGGAGAACUCUAUUAUCAUCUUAGGAAAUAGAAACGAUUCAGUGAAGAAUAGGCUAAGUGGUUAUUCAUUCAAAUUUUGGAUGGAUUGCAAUAUUUGCAUUCCCAGAACAUUAUCUAUAGAGAUUUAAAACCAGAGAACAUAUUGAUUGAUUAAGAUGGGUGUCCCAAAUUGGCUGAUUUUGGACUCAGUAAAAUAGUUGACAAUUAAGAACAAUUAAAUUACUCAUUUUGUGGAUCCCUAGAAUACAUGGCUCCAGAGAUGAUCGAAUAGAAAGGACACAAUUAUACAUAGGAUUAUUAUUAACUGGGUGUUAUGCUCUAUGAGAUGAUGGCAGGCAUUCCUCCCUUUUAUGCUAAAACGAGGUAGGACAUGAUCAAGAAUAUAGUAUCAAAGUAGAUUAAUUAUCCUCAUUUCUUCUCUAAAAAUCUAUCAGAUUUCAUUACCAAGUUGUGUAAUAAAGAUAAAACCAAGAGAUUAUGUGGCAAAUAAAUCUAUUAGCAUCCUUGGUUACAGGGACCCAUUAAAAAGAUGCCAAUAAAGUAUUAAUGUGAUCAAUUCAAUUUUGACAAAUUGUUUAUCAAUCAAAAAUGCUUGGAUAUUGAGAGUGGACCCAGAUGUAUUGCUGAAGAGUUCAAUUUAUUGACGUUAUCUUAGUCAAGAGGUAUUCGGGAUGAAGAAAUGUGUCCCUUUGAAAAAUUCUCUAGUUUUUAUUACAAAAAAUGA